GGUGAUAACCCGGAAGAGAAGCGACCGCCCCGUGACCUCCGCUGUGUACGUAAGGAAAGAUGACUGAACAGAGGUGCGAUUGUUCCGUUUCGCCUUCGACACCAGUCAACACUUGGCUCGCUUCAGCGAGUUAACAGCGACAAUAAGGAACAUGGUCGAGCUGUCGGACUGACGGACUGUCGGUAGAAACAGGAGCGACGGAGGAAUUCGCUGAAUUUCAUCAGCCAGACGUCGGGACGAUGCUAAACGUCCUGCCUGCCGAUCGAAAUUAGCCAUCGUGUUCCUGCUCUGACAGCUGAAGUUUAUCCUCUUUUCCGUCUGCUCUCUACUACAUGACAGUUUACGUAUUUAUCGCAGAAGUUAACAGCAGGUGUGAAGCAGCCAGUCGACGCCAGCUGCUGGGACCCUUCAGUGACUGACAGCCACGUCAGCUAACGCUAGCUCACACCUCUCCUGACCAGCAUCUGUCCAGAGCACUUCGUCCUCUGGGUUUGGUUUUGUAUUCCAACACAAUCCUGAAGCAGGUCUGUCAGCGACAAUGGCCCCGAUGGGUAUCCGGCUGUCGCCGCUCGGUGUGGCGGUGUUCUGCCUCCUUGGAGUCGGUGUCAUCUACCACUUGUAUGCAGGGGUCAUCUCCAGCCGCCUGGCUGCUUUCAGACAGAGGAGAACAGUGGACCUGAGGGACCUGCUGGCUGCCUCAGUAGAGGCUGCAGCACAGGGCGGCCUGGAGGUAAAGGCAGUGCGUGAUGGAAAUAACCUGAAAGAGAAGUCGAAAGGCAAGACGAGGGAGGGAGCGAGUGAGCCUCUGACGAUGGGCGACGUGCAGUCUCAUAGAAGGAUGUUUAACCUCAUCAAGAACACCUUCCCUGAUGUCACAGUGCACAGUGAGGAACAUGACAACAAGGUCGACAAAAUCAGCUGGAGCCGGGACAUUCCUGCUGACAUACUGGAUAAGAUUGAGGGGGGCAAGGAUGUUCCUGCUGAGAGCAUCACUGUGUGGAUCGAUCCUCUGGAUGCUACACAGGAAUAUACAGAGAAUCUGGUGAAGUAUGUGACGACAAUGGUAUGUGUGGCUGUAGAUGGUAAACCAGUCAUCGGGGUGAUCCACCAGCCAUUUACUGGGUUUACUGCCUGGGCGCUUGUAGGUCAGGGGUCAAAUGUGCACCGUCGCUCGUCCUACAGUAUCAACCCUCCAAAGGUGAUUGUAUCACGUUCUCACUCUGGAAAAGUGAAAAGUUACAUACAGGAUGCUUUUGGAAACAGCACAACAGUAAUAGAGGCAGGAGGAGCAGGAUAUAAGGUCAUGUCACUUUUGGAGAUGCCAAGUGAAGCAGGCUCUGUAGACCAGGCAGAUGUUUACAUCCACAUCACCUUUAUUAAGAAAUGGGACAUCUGUGCUGGUGCAGCAAUACUGAAUGCACUGGGAGGCCGGAUGACCACCCUGAUGGGAGAGGACAUAGACUACAGUGGAGAACCACUCAACAAAGGAGGUCUGGUGGCCAGCAUUGGCGUCGAGCAUAAGGCCAUUCUGGAGAGACUACCAAACUGGGACCCCGACAAGCACUGAGAAACACAAAUACAGAGCCAUAGAUUUGGUCAGGUUGUGGUAAAGGCAACAGGUGGUGGCUGUUUUCUAUAACUAGUAGUGGGCUGCAAAUAUAACCAGACCUGCAUGGUUUAGUCACGGUGGUACACCAAACAUCUACCAAUCAGAUGGACAGGAACCAACAUAGCUGCCAACGGAAUCUGCAAUGGUUGACACGAUGGCUCUGAACACACACUCCCUGACAUGCACAUUUACAUGCAACUUGGAGAAAUGAUGCAUCAUGCAUACACACAAACACAUGCUGGCAAUGAACACUGGACAACAGUUGCCCUGCCCGAGUCCCUUCACCUUCAGAGGACAACAGGAUGAGUCUAAUACGAAACUUUAGACCGAGGAGCACAAUGCUGGUGGCUCGCAUAAAUGUCUUUUCAUCCCUUUUAAGUACCGUCUUCAUCACAUGAUACUCCAGCGAUAACACAACAGUAAAGAACAACCUCAUUCUAAACAUGUACUGUACCAUUCUAUUCAGCAUCACUUUGGUGGCUGUUUCACUAACUGAGCAAAUCAUUACUAGAGACUGGGGAGAAACAAUGAGCUGCAUUGACCUAAAAAAACAGUGUAAUGUGUGUCUUCUGAUCACUGGAUUCAUCAACCAGCACCAUAAUACCACAACAGUUCACUAGGAUGAUCUGCGGCUUCGAAGUUACCAUUUGAGGCGACACAAAGACUGUGAAAUCUAUCAACAUGUGGCUUCAGCUCCUCUAGAUCAUUACAGUGAAAGAAGAACGUUUAUAAUCCUAGCUUAGCCCUGAGGGGAUCAGAUUUACACAUUUUACAGAUGUUGCUAAACUGAGUUCUAGCCAAAUACACGGAAACUAAUUUUUAUCAGUGAAAUCAAGAUUCAAUGGUCAUUAGUAAAAAUGUGGGAAUUUUGGAGGAAAAGUUGUCUUUUUUUCCAUCUUACCUUUUGUCUGAGAGAAAUAUUUGACUGAAUGAACCUUCAGCCAGGUAUGGGUCUGUUUCAAGUGGUUAUAUGCAAACACUGCACAAUAUGAUAGCUGCGAGGAUGUCUUGGAUGAACUUAAACCUUGAUGAACAGAGGUUUAAAUCAGUCAGGGUUUGCAAUGGCUUCAAGUUAUUCUUUAUCUUCCUCAACGUUCUAUAAAUAAACAAAAAGACGGUGGAAUGCUCUCUCUGCUGAGAGCAACGUACAAAAACAAGUCCCAUCUGUUGUGUGCAGUGUCAUUCAUGACUCUAAAGCAGAUCAUCCUACCAAAAGGGGCAUAACACAUGUUUCAAUAGAUUUGUGUCACUGAGAAUUAUAUUGAAAAACCUACUUGAGCUGAACCGGUACAUUUCUUCUUUUACAAACCAUUCCUGCUAUUGAAUAUUGUACUGUGCACUGUUCAGAUUGACUGAUGCACAGCCAGGUAGUAAUCCUAUUUCUUUGAAGACUUGACUGUAAAUUGUGUUUGAGUACACGUUAAAGCAUGGUUUUGUGUUUUGAACACAUUUCAGCCUACUGAAAACCUCUUUCUGCAGACUACUGUCACUCUUUCUAUACUGUCUGCCAUAAGUGUGUCAGUCGGUUUAUACUGACACUUUUACAUUCAACAUUUGUAAUGUGUGUUCAUCAACAAACACUGAUCUGAGUAAUGUCAGACUUUUUGCUGUGAAACCAUGUCAAAUGGUGAAAAUAAAUCCCACCAGCAAAAUGAGACCUGAA